AUGACCUUAUCUUCAGACUCCAAAGAAAGUUUACCAGUGGUGAAGUGUGUGGCACGAGCCAGAAUCCCCACAACUACCGGCCCCGACAUCUUUCUACACCUAUACGCAAAUGACAGAGACAAUAAGGAACACUUGGCCAUAGUGUUUGGAGAAGACAUACGUUCCAGAACACUAUUCCAACGCAGGAAGGGUGAAACACAACAAGACAGAAUGGUGAGGGGCGCUUAUGUGGGAAAACUUUUCCCGGGUAGAACAAUGGCUGACUCUGACGAGAAUCUGGGAUUGUCGUUGAAGUUCGACGAAACCACAGGAGCACUCCAAGUCGACCCCAAAACCACAUGGCACGACCAGAAAACGCUGGUGCGUGUCCAUUCGGAGUGCUAUACCGGAGAAACUGCAUGGAGUGCACGCUGCGACUGUGGCGAGCAGUUUGACCAUGCGGGUAAACUCAUGGGCGUGGAACGCGAAGGCGACAUAAUAGGCGGUGCUGGUCGCGGUGUGAUCGUAUACUUGAGGCAGGAAGGCCGUGGCAUCGGCCUGGGAGAAAAACUGAAGGCAUACAAUCUCCAGGAUCUGGGCGCCGACACGGUGCAGGCCAACCUGAUCCUUAAACACCCAGCAGACGGACGUGAUUUCUCGCUGGGGCGUGCUAUUCUGCUGGAUUUGGGCAUCUCCAAGGUACGGCUGUUGACGAACAACCCAGAUAAGGUUAGCCAAGCGGAAUACCCUCCUCACCUACACUGUGUGGAAAGAGUACCCAUGGUGCCGCUUUCUUGGACAAGCGAGAACGAAGGAAUUCACUCUUCGGAAAUCGAAGGCUAUCUGAGAACAAAAGUGGAGAGGAUGGGUCAUUUGUUGCAGCGGCCACUAAAACUGCAUUCACAUGCUACAAAGCCUAGCAGCUCAGCAACGAUGACAACACACACGCUUGUGUAG